AUGUAUGUCGGAAAGUCAAGGGUCGGAGGAAGUGGAAAUUGUGUCACCGAAGAGGACAACGGCAUGCCAUAUCUAAUCGAGUAUGUUCAGAUUCACCAUAUCACAUGGCAGGGUGGCUCCUUGAGAUUGAUAGAGGUGAAGUCCAGAGCUUCGUCCGCGGCAUCGGCAAAGCGGUUUUCGGGGCCGAUUCUGCUGGAAUUCGCCGCCAUUGGUUUUGCCAUGGAAUCGGGUCGAGAGCUUUGGAUAUUCUUCGUUUUCUGUCCAACCUUUUGUUUUCCAUCGACUGUCACCCCACCUUAUACUCCUUCACUUCGCAAUCACACGAUGGUGCUUGACUACAGCAAAUGGGACGCCUUGGAGCUCUCAGAUGACUCGGAUGUUGAGGUCCACCCCAAUGUUGACAAGCGCUCUUUCAUCCGAGCCAAGCAAGCUCAGAUUCACCAGCAACGAGAGCAGCGCCGUCAUGAGAUCAAGACCUUGAAAUACGAGCGCAUCAUCAAUGAUGGACUAUUGUCGCGCAUCGACACGCUCAUCACUUCACUGAAGAAGCAUGAAGACUCUUCCGCUUCCCCCGAUGAGUUCAUUUUCUCUACCAUCAUGGAGUUCGCCAGCAACCCCGCCGAAGACCAGGCCCCCACCCCGCCAGAGGGUGUAUACACAAAUGAGCCUGAACAGCCCAAGUUCUCUCAGAUGAUGAGCUCCUUGGUGGACCAGGUUAAGAAGGAGAUUGGGGAUUCCAAGCCCGACAACCUUUUCAAGGCAUACAUCCAGGGUGUUAACGGACAUUUAGAGAAGAUCCAAGGCCUUCAAAAGGAAUUGCACACCAAGCUUGCGCAACUCGAAAAGGAAGAGGGCGCCAAAAUCACCAGUGACCAGCUGCAUGAAGGUUUCAACCAAUCACAUGUCGCUAAGAUUGCAGAGAAGGAGAAAGCUGAGGCUGCUGCCAAAAAGAAGGAGAGUUCCGUUGAGCUGUUGAACCCGGGCGCCGGAAGCGCAUCGAAGGCCGACGAUGAAGGCAACGACGAAGACCCCGCCGACGUUGAGAUCAGCCCCCUAGCAAAGAAAUUUGCCAACUUGAAGACUGGCGAUUACAAGGCCUACUUGCAAUUCAUCUCAGCCAACCCCGACAUCGUGGCCGAAAAAGAGACAGAUGGCCUGCUGGUCGAGGCAUUCAACAGUCAGAUGAAGGGUGAUGAAGACUACGCCCGUCAGUGCGUCCACCAAGGUCUACUUCUACAGUACUGCCGCUCGCUCGGCCGUGAUGGUAUCCAGCUCUUCUUCACUCGGUAUGUUAAUUCCUUGAACGCCGCGCAACACGCAUUAACAUCAUCUAGCAUUACCACAAAGGAUCACCGUGCCUCAGAUCUGUUCCACAACGACGUCAACGAAACAUAUGGCCGUAUCAAGUCCCGUACCGCUGAACUCAGCAAGGAAGGCUCGGGUAACGAUCCCGCGGGCGUGGAGCAAAUCCAGUUGCAUGCCGUUGACCCCAACACCAAGAUCACCAUCAACCUCCCAGCUGCCAACAGCGAAGACCCCACCGAGAUCGAGGUUCGCAAGAUCUUUGAAGCUUUCCCUCAGGACUUGCAGAAGGCAUUGGAGACCGAGUCCUUGGACGAGGUCAACAAGGUUCUGGGCAAAAUGUCUGUCGAGGAAGCUGAGGUCGUUGUCGAGGCUUUGGGCAAUGGAGGCAUGCUCAGUUUGGAGGAGGGUAUCGUUGAUGCCACGACAGCUGAGGGCCAGAAGAAGUUGAAGGAGCUGGAGGAAGAGGGCAAGGAUGUCGGCGAACCCGGAGGUGAUGUUACUGAGCUUGAUUAA